AUGGCUUUCCUUCCUCCUUGGGCCUGUGCACUAGUUGGUUGCAUUUCUGUUUCUUUAGCAGGAGCUUUCAGUCUCUCAGAUCUGUAUCCCCCCCUGUGGAGUGAGAGUCCUGGUCAGUUCAGUGACUACAGGGUGGAGAAUGGGAAGUAUGUUAUUGAUCCCUGGGUAUACUCUAAGAGAAUGGGGAUGUACAAAAUCCUCCUGAACAAGACAGCCAGUUAUUUUGAAAAAUUUGCACCAGAUAAUGAACAAAAUUUUUUAUGGGGAUUGCCUUUGCAGCAUGGCUGGCAAUAUACUACAGGCAGAUUAGUUGAUCCCAGCCGAAGGACAGACUGUGGCUAUGAAUCUGGAGAUCGUUUGUGCAUCUCUGUGGACAGUUGGUGGGCUGAUAUAAAUUACUUUCUAUGUGCACUACCCUUCCUUGCUGCGGUUGAUUCUGGCAUAAUGGGGAUAUCAUCAGAUCAAGUCCUGCUUUUGCCACCGCCGAAGGACCAGACAAAGUUUUGUCUUAAUAUUUCUAGUUGUCAGUCAUCCUUUCCUAAGACGAUGAACAAGUGGAAUGCCCUUUACAAGCGUUUGCAGUCACCUUCUAGUAGCUUUGAUGACUUGUUGAAGUACUUGUGGGAUGCACAUCUCUCAACCUUGAAAGAUGCUUACAAACUUUUUGAAGAUAGGUUAGAAUAUUAUUCUAAACCAGAAGCAGAUUUUGGAAGAGAUUGGUGUGUGGCUUUGGACUAUUUAGCUGCCGCCUGCUUUCCUACAACCUUUAUUCGAAUAUCUGAGUUCCAGAAGGGCCUGCCACCACGAGUGCUUGUUGAUGGGGAUAAAGCCCCCUUCAUCAGUGACUUUACUGACUUUCAGAACACAGUCCUGCUUGGUCUAAAUCUUCUUCACGAAGUGGAUAACGCUACAGAUUCACUAUCUUUGACUAUAUGGAAAAUUUUAAUGAAGACGCAGGCUGCAAAGAAGCUAGCUCUAAAGAUUUUUGAAGCAAUCCUUGCAAUCUUUAAUCCAACGUUUCUGGAAAUGAUUAAUGAAUUAAAAUGAACAAUUCUAACAAAUUGAGCAACAGUAAUUUCAAAAUUUAACACUAUCAUAAUCAUAUAGUUU